CAUUCUUCGAAACAACAACCAAUGCACCGGCCCGUACCCGUAAUGUAGGUUUAUUGGAACUAAUAAAGAAAACAAGGUUGAUUUUUUUUUUUCUUGGUAAAUAUGUAGAAACUGAUACUGUCGUAGAAGCUGGGUGGAGUUUUGAGAGUUUUGCUUUCAGUUCGCGAAUAAGAGGGACCAAAAUGAAGAAUUAAGCGAGAAAACAUUUUGAAAAUGUCCAUCACGUUCUCUGGCUGGGAAGCCUGGACGGACAGAACGCAUUUAAGCUCGGGUGCCAAACCUGAAAGAGGCGGUCGCUACACAAUGUACCACGGGACCCAUAUCAGCAUUGCCAAGACCAUCAUUACACGGGGCUUUCAAAGGUCGAAGGACGGGCUCUUAGGACCCGGGGUAUACGUGAGUCGCAACAUCGAGAAAGCAAAGUGUUACCCUCUUAACGUCGAUAAACAACAGAGAGUCGCCUUGAAGCUAAAAGUGCAAGUUGGCAAAGUGAAGAAAAUCGACUGCGAUAACCACCCGCUACAGAAAACCUGGAGCCAAAACGGCUACGACACAGCGUGGGUGCCGCCUCAUAGUAACAUAUCCGCGAUCAAGUCUGGCAGGGAGGAGGACUGUGUCUGGGACCCGAAGAGAAUCACCGUUGUGGGUGUCGCCUACUGCCCGAACGACGUCGCCAGACGAGAGCUCCGUCAAUUGAUUGAUAGACAAGCGACCGGGGCACAGAGCGGCCGGCAGACGCCUCACAAGAACUGUUGCACAGUCUGUGGCAAAGAGAACGGCACACCGCAUCCCCUUCAAGCUUGCUGGAAAUGCAGCGAGACAAUCUGCCCAUUUCAGGAUAGCCACAAGUGUAGAAGUUAACAAAGCUAACAGCGAACAGAAAUGAGCAGGGCAACAAAAAAAAGGCAUAUAUUUCAAAACAACACUAUAUAUUUAACUGCUUCCUCUGCUGUAGGUCACAUUCACUCUAGGCUAGAUCCAAUCAUAUACAAUCUUUGGAAUGACAAAAAUUCUCCUCUCAUCUCUGUGAUAGACAGGAGGCAGUAGCUUGUGACCUACAGCACGGGAUGUGAUCGGGUAACAGGGGAGAGUGAUAAACUAUAUGGAGACUAUGAUCUAUUCAGAGGUAACAAGGUAUAUCUGAGUGAGGAGACAUGGGCAACGCGGUCCCCAGCCCUAGCUGUGCUCUAAAUCAUUGGUUGUUUCCAUAAUGUGUGCUGGUAUGUAUGUCUUCUAAAUAAGAGCUAAACAGCUGUAUUUUCAUCAGAUUGAAAUCGGUCUAAGGGUUAUUAAAGAUCAUGCACAAUGGGUUUGAUUAGAGAAAACUCGAAUAUAUUUGUGUGGUCCUUUAAUGGGCAAUGUGUAUUCCUUGCUUUUUCUUGCGUCUUGCUUGCGUUUCUUUGUUAAUUUAAUCACAGCUUAAUCAUUUUAGCAAACAUGGAUAACAAUGUAUUGUGUUUUCAAUCAUUGAAAGGUCUCAGGAAAUGUGGACACUAAUUUACAAGCACUGCCCCUGAUAAGGUUUACAGUAUAUCCACAGGUUGUCACAGCAACCCACGCUGAGAGAAGAUUGUGUCUAGAUUUGGCGAAUGUAAACGAAACGGACAGUCAACAAAAGUCUGCUCAGUGAUAGCACCUUCCUGUCCGUGUGAUGCGUUCUUGCCAUUCUGUCGCUCUGUGAACGAAACGUGCCUGCAGCAGUAGGAGGUUAUGAUUAUCAGCUAGGGAGGUGAUUGCACCUCUAAAACUGAAUUGCAAAAUAUGUGUGUGUGUUUAUGCUUCAUCUCUGUUUUAAAAAGUUUUGUAUUGGGUGCUUUCCAUUAAAGUUGAUGCAAUUU